AUGCCAGCGGCCCAGCAGGAGGCCACCACAGGAGCUGCAGAUGACGUCGACCCUGGCACCGCCUGCUGCAGCACCGUAGAUGACGAAACACUGCCAGAGCUCAACCCACUGUCAGAUCACACCUACAGUGUUCAUAACAAGAGUGAGACCGAGCUCCUCAGGAAGAUCUCUAGCCUGAAGGAUGUGAUUGGAAGCUUAGAGGAGGAAGUUAAAAAGGUACAAGCUCAAGUGAUAUCACUGAAAAGGCAGCUUGACAAGAGCCGCCAAGAACAGGUUGACUCAAUGAAGCUGUGCGACCGAGUAAAACAAAAAAACAGGUCGCUUAAGCUUGAUCUCUCGGCCACGUACAGGCGGAUGAAGGAAGCGGAAGCUAAGGGAACGACAGAGUUUCGUUACGAAGCCAUCAAACAGGACCACAAGAAACUGAGGUACUACACAGGCUUCACGUCACCUGAACGCUUAGACGUGUUUUGGUCCCUUCUGGAGCCAGAUGCUAAAAGAUUGCAGUUUUGGCAAAUGAAAGAAACUGAAAACGAGGACCGCAGAUUUAUUCUGCCUCUGAAGACUCAGCUGAUUUUAAUACUCCUUCGUCUUCGAUUGGGGCUUGACGGAGCAGACCUUGCUUUCAGGUGGGCCAUCUCCUUUGAAAACCGAUAUCCUUUUAUUGGCUGCGACAGACAUGUUGGUUAA